AUGACUGCCACUCUGAGCGGGGCAUAUACCUCUGCUCCCGACACACCGUCUCCCAUCUUCCCUGAACGGCUCAUCCGUCCGUUGCCAAAACGACCGUUGCGUUCCCGGCUCUCCUCUGACGCUGCAGACACCAUCCUCUACCCACCCUCACAACCAACCACACAGCUCUUCUACGGUGCAUACUCCACCACCGGAGACUCCCUCAACGACGCAAAGGUCUACGUGCAGGGUAACGUCUACGGAUACGAGCACAGUGCCGACGGGGAGUCGGGUGAAGAUGAUGGACCGGUGGCUGUUCGUCGAGGGUUCCUGCGAGCCAUCGCCGCGUCUGCAGCUGACAGCACAAAGGUGACAUCGAACGGUACUCAGGACGGAUACGAUGCGUUUGAAAAUACAAAUAAUAAGAAAAAGAGGAAGAUACCCACGUCGGGCGGUCUGGGGUGCCACUCCAGCCUCUCUUCUGAUAUUGCCAGUCUCUCCUGCAGUGGGGGCAGCGGAGCCUCGGCGGACGAUGGUAGCGGACAGAGCUCAUACUAUGGCUCCGGAAACCCUGUCUCCCCCGUUGGAACUUCCGGCAUCUCUGGUAAGGGACGAUAUAGCCGGAAUGGGCCUGGCCGUGGUGCCACCGCCAGGACACCGCUUGCUGCCCACUCACCAAACACAUGGUCGACCGGCCGGCGUCACGAUAGUGCCCUUGCCCAGGAAAACUUUGGCAAAGAUAAAGGCAUAAUAUCUGCGGCAAUAGCCAACGCCGCUGCAGCUCUCUCGUCCAGCCCGCAAGGCCAAAAGAAUAUCAGCUUGCUCGACCAGACCAAACGAUCAGCCCCUGCCAAAACACAAUUCACGUUCACCUGCGAGUCAGACUCCUCACGCGGCAUGGCAUGGCAGUCCGCACACCCGUACUCUCUCCCCGAUCACCACCGGUCCGUCACUCAGCCUCCCUUGCCCGGUCAACGGGGUUUCUCUACCCAAGGCACCCAGACCAGCCCCAACAUGGCCACCCAGGCAAACCACCACCACCACCAGCAGGCUCGCCAGCAGUCACAACAACAGCAGCAUCAGCAACAACAACCAGGUCAAGCCCCAACCCCUGCCCCACCGCCUCGAAAACCCCGUCGUUCGGCACGUGCAAUAUAUGCCCAUGCUGCCCGCCAACGACGCAUCCAGCAGCAGUACACCAAUCUCCACCACCCACCUGAUCUCGAGAGUAUCUGGAUAUGUGAAUUCUGCGAAUAUGAAAGCAUCUUCGGCCAUCCUCCCGAGGCUCUCAUUCGACAGUACGAAAUAAAAGACCGCAAGGAACGCAGACGACUAGCUGAGAAACGCAGGCUACUUGAAAAGGCCAAGAUGAAAAGUCGAAAGGGCAAAAAGGGACACAAGAACACCGCCAAACAGCAGAAUGCGGCCGCAGUGCAUGGCCAGGGCCAGAACCACGUUGACCGUGUCCCUUCUCACCCCAACGACCAGAACCUACCGCCCGACCACGAUAACGGCGAGGAGUAUGAUGAAGACUAUGAAGAUGACGGACAUGAUGAUAUACAUGCCGACGCAGCCCCUCGCAUCCCACCCUCCAUUCCAAAGCACCAUCACCCUCCAUCCCCACCGAAUUCGAUGCAAGAUGGCACCGGUGGACAGUCGGGGAAAGCUUCGGCUUCAGCUUCAGCCGGAGGAGGAGGUCCGGGACGAGCGGGUUGA